UGCCUGUAUAGAUAACUGUGUUGAGGUGUAUGGUGGACGCUCUGUUUAUUGACCCGGACAUAAAAACUGACUUAUAUAUGUGUUUCGGUAUGGGUAUGAGACCAACUUUAAGACACUUGCGUUGUUGUGAAGAUUUGCAUUGUGUUAGUGAGUUGGAAUAUACACUGGAGGGAUAUGAAAGAAGGAGAAGGGUGAUGUUGGUUAGUUUUAGGACAAAUCCUAUUACCGUGAUCUAACCUUAUGGGUAAUUAGAACAAGAAAAUGAGGACACUGAAUUUUUAUCUUUGAUUAUUUUUGUGAUGGGAAAUUGAACACCAUGUCUGUUUUUUUAAGUAUGAGGUUCUUUUUACUUUUAUUUAAGGGGUUUGUGUGUAUAUUAUUAUAUUGUAGAUGGAAUUUUGCUUUUGUUUCUGUUUUUUACUUCGAGAACGAGAUUUUGUGUAGUGGGAAAUUAUGGUGGAAUUUUCCUGGAUAUCGCGGCAAGGCUGGUGGGAGUUUACGGUGUUCAGGCCACACACGCAUCAACGCACCGUUACAGUAUUGCUGGAUCAGUCAACACUGUGCGUCAGGGGAGGCCGCUGCGGGACAGUAGUGGCGUCACCCUCAGCCAACAAGGGACAGACAGACGGACAGACAGUCAGUCAGUCACAAUACUGUCUGGUGUGUGGCUGUGUGGACCAUGAGGCCUCACACCCUCACGCCGCUUAGUGUGGUGACAAGACCCAGGCUGGUGAAGUGUAUUGAGUGAUAUCGACAAGUUGGAAAAUAAAUCAGUUACCAUAUUUAAAUCCUUGGCAUUUGAAAAUCGAUUAUUUAAUGAUGAAUGUUUUUUGUGAUUAGCUGUGAUGAUUAUAACCUAUUUUAUUAUUCAGACAUUUGUGAUACCAGGAAAACCCAAUUUAUGAACCUAUUCUGGAUUAUUACUUCAUUUUAAUGGAGUACUGUGGACAUGGGUGAAUCUAACAUAACUCUUAGAAAACAUUACCAAUGCGUUUUAAACUCUUUGCUAUGUACAAGUUAUAUUACGGUGAAUUACUUGGUGAAAACAGCUUAUAAAUGUUCUCCAUGGACAUCUUUCGUCGUUUUCUUUGAGUGUUUGUUGUUGGUGGUUUUCUGCAAAGGUCAGGGGAGACUUGUGGAUCCUCCCUCCCGGGCCUCUAUGUGGAGGUUUGGCUUUAAAAAUCCAGUAGAAUUCGGCGAUGACCGGGUGGACUGCGGCGGCUUCAUGAGACAGUGGCGGGAGAACCAGGGUCGGUGUGGGGUGUGUGGGGACCCUUGGGACCUGCCUCGCCCACGCCCUCACGAGACCCGCGGGAUGUACGGUCGUGGUACCAUCGUCAGGAACUACACCCAGGGCCAGGUGGUGGAGUGGGUGAGUGAAUUGACUGAUGGAGGGAGUGGAUGGAUGGAGUACCGGGUGUGUCCUCGAGCUAACGUGUGGAGGACUGAGGAUCCCAGCUGCUUCAACCAUACACUACAGGACAACAAUGGCAGGACUCAGCUGCCCGUCAACGUGACUGCGAAGUUAAGUCGGAUUACACACACCUUCCGCCUCCCUCCACACCUCUCCUGCCUCGCCUGUGUUGUUCAGUGGCGGUACGUGAGGAUUGGAAGACCAAAUCGAGCAGACUACCGGGCGUGUGCUGACGUCAUUAUCACCCCCACCAACACCUCACACACUACACCACCUCCUCCAUCACUUGACAACUCAGCAGCUGCCUCACGGAAUCUGGCCGCCACCGCCUCGACCACAACUCCUACGGGCCGAGAAACUGAGACGACCAACACUCCUACGCCACAAACAACUGAUAAAAACGCCUGCGCUCACUCACAAAUGUCACCAGAGACCAAGUGUAGUACCUCCUGGACACCACCACCACCACCCACUACCGUCGCCAGCCACGUCAACAAAGGAAUUGACGCUGACGGUGGUGACCAAUACGGAGGAGGUGGUGGUGGUGGUGGCGUCUUGUCAGGUCGUCUUGGCUCGGUGGUGGUGUUGGUGUCUAUGUUCAUGAAUGUUGUUAUUGUGUGAUGUACAAAACUUAUAUUAACCCUUUGAUGAUUUAACCCGGUGACGACGAUGGUUUGACCCUUUGAUGACUAUGAUUUAACUCUGAUGACGAUGGUUUGACCCUUUGAUGACUGUGAUUGAACCCUUUGAUGACUAUGAUUUAACCCUUUGAUGACGAUGAUUUAAUUCUUUUGGUGAUGAUUUACCCCUUCAGGACUCAAAGAAUGGUCAAGCACUCGUUUGGUUUACCUAACACAAAGAUGGACCACACUUCAUGACAACAGCAAAGAUAUUAAUAUAUGCUUAAUUAAAAAUAUAUUUUACCACAUGUAAUAUAAUCGUGAUGGAGAUGGGACAUAAUAGUCAGUCUUGUUAUAGAUCCCUGUCUUUAGGAUAACAGCACCAGAUCUUGAAAUAAAAUUGUCAUGUUUUUAAUAUUUUGA